AUGACACAAAUCGAUGAAUAUUUGGAUGGAGGAGGUAUUGAAUUUGAAUGUCCCCGAGAAAAUGUUCCCGCAGUCGCAUGGAAACAGCCAAACAUUACAGACCAUGGAAAGACUAAAAUAGACGAUUUACAUUACGAUACUAUUUUUGGAAGAAAAGGAAAGGUUCGUAAGCCUAAGGAAAUUGACCCAACUGUCGUAAUAACAGACAAUGGGAAAGUCCGCCUGAAUAGAAUCAACUAUGAUUAUUUGUUUAAAGAUCAGGGCCAUACCAAGAAAGAGGAAAAACCGAAAUCGUUUGGCAAAGUACCUUACUAUGGACAAGCAAACAUCAUUGCGUCUUUCAAAACCUCCAGGAAACUCGGUGAAAUUUCCAAAAUUUGGCCAAUAUCAGGCGACAGGGCUUGGGUGAAUUCCUAUGGAGAUACGCAUCUCACUCUUAUCAACAAGAAAGGGGAACGACUAAAUGCUACGCCCGACUUUAACCAUAGGAUAUGGGACUUCGUUAUCAACAGUAAAGGGCGGAUGCUGCUCACAGUCGAUCAUAGUGCUCAUAUCCAUGCAAUAUUUUCCAAUGGGGAGCUUAGUCUAGCUGGGAACUUUCCUGGAUACCAGCCGUACGGUAUUUGUGUAAUGCCGGACGGCGACAUCCUUAUUUGCAUCCGGCCUUUGGUGGGAACUAAGGGCCCUGCGCGGUUAGUAACUAUAAAUGUAAAUGGAGAUGUUUUACAAUACUUCGACACGCACCAGGAUAAUACGCCUUUGUUUAUGGACCCCUACAGUGUAGUAAGUACCAGCAAUGGUAAGAUGUUCAUUCGAGAUGGUGCAACAAAAGUCGUUGCCAUAGACAUCAAAGGUACACACCUGUACACGUGGACAGGAAACAGCUUCGAUAGCGAGGAAGACUUUCUUCCGUCUUGUUUAAUAUCAGACUCACAUGGUUCGCUUAUUGUUUCAUCACGUGAUGCAAACAAGGUGUAUAUUCUACCAAUAGACGGUAAGGGACUACGAUGUCUGCUAGACGCGUCUCAUGGGUUAGAACAACCUCUGGGGAUGGGUAUUGACGGUGAAGGACACCUCUGGGUUUCGUGCAAGGGCAGGCGAAUACACAUUGUCAAGUAUAUUCAUUUAUGA